AUGAACUGGGACCCAUCCGCUGUCAAGUCCCAAAUCCGCCUUACGAGUCAGCGUCUCGGCCAGCUGCAAGCGAAGAACGACUCACAAGCGAAUAUCACUCGGACGGACAUCGCGACUCUAAUCCAGCGGAAUAACGUCCCCCUUGCCCGCGAAAAGGCCGAGAAGUUGAUUCAGGAUGAGGCGUUUGGGGAUCUUCUUGACGAAGUAGAGAUGCUGUUAGGCAUUCUCUUAGAGCACUUCCAUGAAUUGGAAUCAGGAGUUGCGCCGAGUCCUGUAGUGGUGGAAGCUGCUUCAACCAUAAUUUUUGUUUCACCGCAUGUACACUCGAAAGACCUUGAUAUGGUUCGAACUCAUCUUGCACAGAACCUAGGACCGGACUUUACGCGAUCUGCGAUGGGAAACCUUGAUCAACACGUCUCAAGGCGCGUUUUGAAGGCCCUUUCGACACCUAUACCCUCGGUAUUCCAGUUGGACGGCUUCCUGUACAACAUAGCCAAUUCCUAUCGUGUCGCCUGGACUCCAGAACCCCGACGACAGGAUAUUGUUAACACUCUGUCAGAGUUGUUGGAUCCGGAGGCAGCUCCCGAAGUUGACUUGGCUCUUUUGCGGAGACUCUGUGUGCGAGGAAUACCUGAUCAACCUGUGUGGCUCCGGCCUAGGGUUUGGAAACUAUUUUUUGCAAUUUUGCCGAAAAGCAAGGCGAAAUGGAGGGUGGAAAUAACGAAACAACGAGAUGCCUAUUAUGAACUUGUGAAACGACUCCUUGAACCUUUUUCAUCUUCUGCACCAUCACCUACAUUGGACGACAAGCUUCUCAACGUCUAUAAGGACCUGUCUGGCCUCCCACGAGACAUAUUCUCUCUUCUAGAGGAAGAACCGGAGACAUUCAGUACAUGCCCGCUCAGCCCUGACGCACCUGAAGAGAUCCGGAUACCUCAUGCUCAGGCUCUCGAAUUACGGCUUACUGUACUACAAGAGAGAGAUAGGGAAUCACGCCAACCUUCUCCAACACCGGAGAUCCGUCUCGAGCCCGAUGUCAACGAAACCCCCGCCAUCUCAUUGACCUCCUUUGACUCCGGCCUGACAGACAGCUCACCGUUGCCGAAGACUCUUCUCCCAUCUCGAAAGUGUAUCUUUGGGAGUGCACAUACGAAACAUUGUGCUAUUUUGUUGCGACUACUGUAUCUUCACAACAUCAUUAAUCCUGGCAACCUGUCAUUACACACGGCUUCUCUCUUGGUCCCGCUGUACACAACAUGUAUACAAGAAAUCGAAACGGAUGAACUUGCACACGUGGAAGCAGACACUUUCUGGCUGUUGGAGGCAGUGGUAGCGGAGCUAAGUGGAUUGGAAGACGAUGGUGGCAGUGUCUGGAUGAAGAAAUUCAGCCAACGGCUCGCAUGGGCGGAUUACGAUCUGUUCACUGAUCUGCAAACGAAAGGGUUAGAUCCUGGGGUACCUCACUUCUCCUACCGGUGGUUGAUGCCACUCCUUGCCCACACCAUCCCUCUACCAUCGUUGGUAUUGGUCUGGGAUGCGUUGUUCUCUUGCCAAAGCAGGGAUAGAGACACCAACCCGAGGCUGGAAUAUCUCCUUGACAUCUGUACGAGCAUGCUCGUCCGUGCCAAAAAUCAUAUGUCUCGGGUCAAUCAAGGAAGUAGGAGUUUGUGGACCGGCGAAGUCGAAGUGACCUCACCAACUGGCAACACUCAAGAGACUUUUAUUGAGACCUUAUCAUUCCUUCAGUCAUACGAUCUCCGCUACGUCGGGGGCAUUGAACGCAUACUACAAACCGCUGCCGAACUGGCCCAUCGUCGCGAGCAAGAAUCAGCUGCAGUGCAGCAACCGUCACUUACCCUAGGUGCCCGGUUGAAGGCAAACGUAUGGAAGGGUUUCGCAUAUCAGCAGCCGCCUGCAGAAUCUUCCAACGUAUCCAGUAAGCCAGCCAAUGGUCAUCCAGCGAGCCCAGCGUCAGGCCUUCAUUCCGGCUUUGCUGCCCAACUGACAAACACUGUCUGGAGAGGGAUCACGAACCAGAGUGCUAUGGAUGACACACCAUCAACCUCUCGGUCAACAACGCCAUUAUCUUCACCUUUACCCGAGCUAUCUACCCUUCCUCCUCCUCCCAGUAAAGAUGACCAGACUCCGCCAGCACACACAUCCACUGGUGUAUGGGGCUAUGCGGGAAAGCUCAAGGAUUCUGACGCCGUUGCGACAAUAUCCAAAGUCAGCACCAAUCUGCGGGCACGAGGACUGCUGGGCUCCUGGAGCGCAGCUUCCUCGCCUGCCCCAAGCCCUGCAAUUUUACCUGAAUACGGUGAUAAAUCUCUUCCAAGUUUGCCGGAUUCUGGUCGCAGGCGAGGAUCAGUACCAUUCAUGGAAUCUCCAACAUUGCUUUCUCCCCCUCCCCCUCUGCCAGACAAGCUGCAUAGCCAUCCACAAUCCUCUCCUGACAGCGCAGGGAUCCUAGAUAAGACGAAAGCCCUGCUUUCGAAAACACGUUCCCCGCCUCCGUCAACCCCGCGAUCAGCUCCGAGGCCGCUUCUGCUCAAUUCCGCUACAUCCAUCGUCUCUGGCGGGAGGAAGUCCAGCGGACAUCACCCGUCAGGCUCUCUUCUGUCAACUCCAGACACCGAUGAAUGGGCUCAUGUGAUGAGGGAGAAACGUCACAAUUUCCACAGAGAUUCUCAGUCCUCUAUCUCUUCUCUCUCACCAGCAGAUGCCUUUGCUCGAGUGCCAAAAUCAGCUCGGUUGGAUUGGGAGUCUGAUUCAGCGCCCGCCAGCCGCGUAGUGGCCUUGAAUCGACGAUCAGUUUCACCAAUGGCACCAAACUUCCGCUUUCAUUCCCGUCCUCCGUCACGAGCGUCGUCCGUAUCUUCCGAUAUUCACAGUCCCCCUCCUCUACCCCUUGCGAAGUCGCCGCUGAAGGAGACCGAUUCCGUGAACAACCAUGUUGAUCCUUCGACAGCUGUCAGUAAGACGAAACCAACACAACGCCCCCCUGCUACGAACACUAUUCAUGUCCCCCUGGCAAACGAUUCUGACGCUUCCGACACAACAUCUAACGAAGUUCCGCGGACCUCCAGAAAACCCUCAUUCACAGUGGCAUCCCCUGCCCAGGACGUGGAGGAUAACAGCCAGACGGUGACUACCAACCCCCCUGCGCGAACUGCGCGAGUAAGGUCUAAACGUUAUCGGCCUGCCAAUCUGCAAAUUCAAGAUCACCAACGGCCGCACGUUUUGCCAGACCAGAGAAGUCCUAGCCCUUCCACAUUAGCCGUGCCUUGGCCAGGAGACGACCAGGACAUGGUUCCGACCCCGAAGGCGGCUAACUUUGAUUCAGACGGGCAGAACUCCCUCCCCGGACUAAGCCGAUCUCCCAGGCGCUCCCGAAAAAUCUCUUUAGGUGACCGCCAGCGGAAAGGCUCUGCGGAUACAUUCACCGAAGAACGGCCCCGGAAGAUUUCCAGUGGGCAUCGCGCUCGGAAGGUAUCAUCAGAGAGCAGAGAGGUGCCUCGAAGUCGAAGAGAAAGUGCGGCUGAUGAAGGUGAUGAUGAGGGUUACGAUGACCUCCUCAGCGCCUACGAAAGUGAAGAUGCCCCCAAUGGCUUUUCCAUGCGGAAAUGA